AUGCCACUUAAAAAAGAUAAAACUACUCGAAAUAAUGCUAUUGAGAAAGCCCUUAAGGCUAUAAAGAACUCCUCAAAUAAUCCUACAGCUUCAAAAUCAACCCUUAGACAUGUCAUUCGAAACAAUGGUCCUCUCAAACGUCCAGGUCCUAAUAAAGUUUUAACCGACCACGAAGAAGAGCAACUGGUUGGUUAUUGCUUGAACAUGCAGAGACUUGGUUUCAGAUUGUCAAGGUCUGGUGUGAAUCAUUGUGUGAUGGAAAUUGUUGGUAGAGAUGGGCACCCACAUCCUUUUAACGAAAAUGGACCAGGCCAAGCAUCAAAUCCUAUUAUAAUCAAUGACCAUUUCAACAAACUUCAAAAAAUUCUUACUGAAUAUUCGCUCACCCUCGAUCGUAUCUGGAAUAUGGAUGAGACAG